AUGGCGAAGCACCAUCCGGACCUUAUCUUUUGCCGCAAGCAGCCAGGAGUCUCUAUUGGUAGACUUUGCGAGAAGUGCGACGGGAAAUGCGUGAUCUGCGACUCCUAUGUUCGGCCGUGUACACUUGUCCGCAUCUGUGAUGAAUGCAACUACGGUUCGUACCAAGGGAGAUGUGUUAUUUGUGGAGGCACUGGUGUAUCAGAUGCAUAUUACUGCCGGGAAUGUACAAUAAUGGAAAAGGAUCGUGACGGCUGUCCCAAAAUAGUGAAUCUUGGCAGCGCCAAAACCGACCUCUUUUACGAAAGGAAGAAAUAUGGAUUCAAAAAACGAUCUUAUUAG